CAAGGCUCAAGGCAGGAGCCCGUGGGUUUUGGAGCUCCGACCCUCACGGAGCUCCGUGGUCCACCGUGGUCGCGCUGUUCCCAUGGCACGGAUGGCGGGACCGACGUGGACCUUUGCGGGGGCCGGAGACGAGGCCGAGGGGCUCACAAGCUCGAGCUCUGUCCACUCCGCGCGCAGCACGAGUCUCGCACAGACAACGAGUCUCGCAGAGCAGGGUGAGGUGCGAUGGUUGGUGUGGCAGAUUUGCCACCGAAUUCCACGCCUCACAGUGGAGCCCAGCCAGAAGGAGUUGGAGGAGUGGUGGAGCAAGUGUCGCCACUUCGAGCCGACCACCGUGGUGCAGGUGAUCGAACAUCAACUACAGAUGAGUUGGAAUGGUCAGUAUGACUGGCGACAGCCGUAUCGCGCAUUUCAUCUUCUUGAGUAUCUUCUGCGGCAGGCAAGUGCUGUGCAGGCCACCAGGGAAGCUGUACAAAGACUUCAGCCAUUAUUGCUCUUCCUUCGAGUGGAGGUUCCAGAGUUUUGUGGUGUCACGACGCGCCUCCUCUUCUUCCCACCGAAGCCUUGCUCCCAACGACCGCCAGCUUCGCUCGCGGUGGACGAGCCCAUUCAGGGAGUUAGCAGCGCAGACAGUUGUAGCGCGGUGUCCACCUUCGAUGACAUUUCAGAGCUGGAAAGCGAUUCGCAGCCUGAGAAGGAGCAGCCUUUGCCGCCCAUCCCGCCAUCGAGAAUUCGCUGUGGAGCUGUGACCGGUCAGAAGGGCCUCACGUUGCUGCCGCUGUGAGGUGAUUUAGCUUGCCCGCACUGCUCAAGCUUCAUUCCGAUGGAGCUGGCACACCUUCCGGGCAGGGCUACACGAAGAUUUCGCUGGAUGGAUUUUACCCGUUUCCACAUGGGCAAACCCCCAAGUUGGCAA